AUGGAGUUGGUAGCUGUUCCCGGCCUGCCCUCGCCCGACAUCCCCAUUUUCCAGGAGAGUAAUGACGAUGAUGACCGUGGAUGCAUUCCGUACACAGAGCAGGGAGAUUACGAGUGGGCUGUGCACCUAUUGGAACAAAGAGAGGCGAAGGGGAAGAAGGCGAGCGUGCCUCACCAAUCGGGCACGCGCGCGGAGCGGCCGCACGACCUUUGGCAUAUCGAUCUGUGUGGGCCGAUGACGGCCUCGCUGGGGGGGUCGUUGUUCAUGAUCAUGUUCGUGGACAGCUUCUCGCGGUGGAUGAAGCUUUGCUGGAUGAGGCGCAAGUCGGAAACCCUCGCCUUUGUCAAGAAGUUCCUCGCCGACAUGAGCAGCACCGGUGUCCCUCGUUCUUUCCGGAUGGACAACGGGGGGGAGUUCGUCAGACGCGACUUCAUCGCCUUCUGCGACAACACGGGCAUCCGCCGUACGUACACGGCGCCGGGCACCCCGCAGCAGAAUGGUCUGGCGGAGAGUGCGAUCUGGCGCGUGAACAAGGCCGGCCACCCGCUCGUCUCGAGGCACGCCGCCUGUUCCCCAAGAUCGACUUCACCCGCCUCCCCGGCUUCGGACGCGAUGGCGAGCGACUUUGGCUAG